GAUUGGAUCGAUUUGAUUCACGUUGAUAUAAGUAUCAUCCAAUCAGCAUUUAGUGGAACUGAUUUUCAUUUACGUUACGAUUUUUUAUCUCGAAAUCAAUUUAAUACGUUGUACGCGUUGUCAAUUGCUUAGUUAUUAGACAAAUCUAAAGAGAUUUGUAAUAUUAAAUAGAAUAUUUAUUUUAUAGAGUGUGGAUUUUAUAUACUCAGUAUAUUUAAGUGUUUAAAAUUUACAAAAUUCACACACCAUCUCAAUUAUUAAUUCUUUAAAUUUUCAUAAACAAAGAUGAAGAACAUAUUAAUUAUAGCUGUUACUUUGCAGCUUUGCAUUUUUGUCAAAUCAAUAGAAAUAGAUACACAAUAUCUUAAAUGUUUAGUCUGCAGGGCUACUGUAAAUGAACUUAAAACUGAAUUAGCAAAGACUGAUCCUUCAGUAAAAAUAGAAGUUGGGAGCUAUAGGAUGGAUGCUGAUGGAAAUACUAUUAGAAGGAAAGUAUCCAAGGCACGUUCUGAACUUCACAUUUUGGACACGAUGGACGAGAUUUGUGACAAAAUGUCAGAUUAUGUGAGAGCAACAUAUAGAACAAAUGGCCAACUGACAAUCUUUAAUAUUAUGGAUUCGUCUGAUAAAAUGAAUUCUGAGAUGAGUAAAGUCCAUUUAGUUCAAGAUGGCGAUUUAAAUAAGAGUUUGAAAUAUUAUUGUGAAGCUAUAGUACAAGAAUUCGAAGAUUCCAUUCUUUCUCUAUUUAGUAAAGGAGAAAUUGGCAUUAGAAGAAAAUUAUGUACAGAUAUUGCAGAAAUUUGUGAUCCAGAUGAUUUUGUUAACGAAGAUAAAGAUGAAGAUAACGUAGAUGAUGAUGAUGAUGAUGAUGAUGAUUAUGAAGAAUAUAACAAAAUAGAUAUAAACGAUGAAUUAUAAUUUCUAAGUAAUAUUUCCUAAAAAAUUAUAUGAAUAUAUUUUUUAUAUAAAUGUGUGCAUGUAUUUUUUUAUAUUAAUAAUUAUACUGUUAAGAUAACUGUUAUACACAAUAAAUACAAUAUAUAAAUCAAGCAAUCGUAAAA